AGCAAUCACGGCGAGUAAAAGUUUCUGACUUUCAUGCUGAGGAGCUGGGCAGGAUCCAAAAACAAUCUAGGAACAAAACGAAACCAGGAGAAACACAUUGAAUGAUAGGUGGGGUAUCAGCAAUCUUAGGAAAAUAGACGACAUCUGAAGGAGAAAACGAUAAAACGUUAAAAAGCUGAGAAAGAAAAGAAGGAAAUCAACGAAGAAAAAAAGUUCAACGACUUAGUUACUGCAUUAAACAACAUCUCUGUCAUUUUAAGAUUUUGGACAAAAAAUCGUUUGGAAAAUGAAGAUGUAUUGUAUAUCGACCAUAGUUGAUAUAUUACUCUCAUUGGUAGGCCUCAUUUCUACAUUACCAAUAUCAAAACUGUGUUAUCUCACUGACAUUACUUCCGGUCCAUCACGUGUAAUUACGUCCGGUGAGUGCGGACUGAAAUGUGGAUCACACGCAGGAUGUCUUACAUUCAUUAUUUGUGAUAUCGCUUUCUCUAAGACAUGUACAAUCUACAAACUUGCUUCCAAAGAAACCUGCGGAAAAGAAGGAAUACAAUGCUCAUAUUUCAUACAGAACACCGUUUCCUCCGAUUCUGGCGAAAUCACGAAGUCUCUUAGAUCAAGUGAACAAGAUUUGAUUGUCUCACCUAUUACCAAGACAACAACAACUAUCACAAAAACAGUAACCACAACAUCUGUAGUGACUUCAUUUCCCGCUACAUCAGCAGAGAUGGAGACUGAAUCAGAAACAUCUUCUCAUGUGACGUCACCCUCUACUGAUUAUGACGAGAUAACAACUCUCGUUGAUGAUUCUACAUCAGAUGCAACUACAGAGAGAACAACAGGAACGACAAUUUUAUCUCAAACACUAGGUUUAAAUCCUUCAACGCCAAGAAAUGAAAGCGCGAUAACCGAAAAACAAACUACUACAACUCGUGAAUCAAUGACGACGGAAGUUUCUGCCACAACAAAGAGUGUAAAUUGUCCUGGCCACCUUCCUAAAGGGAUUUGUCAGGAAAAUUAACACACGACCUGAUUAUAAUUAACUCUGAAAAGUAAAAUAACCUCAAACUAUCUCUAACACUGUCGCUUUAAACAGAAAAUUAUCAUUCUAUAUUGAAACAGGUUCCAUGUAACUAAACAAUGAUAAAGAAGUGUUGUACAUUAUAUAAUAUACAGUUCACGUUACAAAUCAAAUAACACUUUUUCAAAAUAAAUUGGUUUAAAUACAAAAGCUGUGAUAUGUAGUAUAAGUGAUGUAAAAAAUUGUUUUUGCUUGAAUAAAAACAUUUUUUGUA